CUCGUCACACAAAUAAGUAAAGCAAAAGCAAAGCGUUAGCUAUUGCCAUGGCUUCCUCACUAAAACUCAUAUCUUUCCUCUUCCUCUUUGCCCUCUUCUGCGUGCAAAUCCAUGCCAGGGAAUUCUUCAGCAAAAUCCCAACAGUUAACAUCAAUGAGAAAGAGACAACAACAGCAACAAGAGAGAAAGAGCAUGGGACCGAGACCACCCAAACCUCAGAAGAGCAACAGCCAAGGUUUAUCCCCGAAACCGAAAAUGGUUAUGGCCUUUACGGGCACGGAACAGGCACAGAUCAGCCAAGUUUCACCACCAAAGAAACUUACGAACCGUAUGCCACCCCUGUUAAAUACCAUCCCGAUGAACCCUACAACAGCAUUCCCGAAUCCAGCUCCAACAACAAAAACACCUACUACUACAACAAGAACGCCUACGAGUCCACCGAGCACCAAAAUUUGGGCCAGGCCAGAUUCAUCGACAAAGGAUGGAGCACCCAGGAGAACCAGAACAACAACUACAACCGCAACAAUGGUGAGAAGCAAGGCAUGAGCGACACCAGGUACUUGGAGAAUGGAAAGUACUACUACGAUGUUAAGAGUGAGAGCAACUAUUAUCCGAACCAGUUCGAGAACAUAAGGGGAGUUGCUUCGAGGAACGAGUUCGAUGAGAACCCUUACACCAACAUGGGAAGAUACAACCAGAACCAAGAGGAGUUUGAGGACACCGAGGAAGAGUUCCACCCCUGAUCAGCUGUUGUAUACCACUCUGCAAUUGACGUUAUUUUUGAAGAACAUCAAGCAAAACAAGCACCGGAUUUGAUUAGAUAUUAA